AUGCGAAGAGAGAAUGUGGCCAAGAGCUCUGGUGGUUGUGCUGGGAAGAGGAUUUGGGCUGCUCUAUGGAAACUUAAAAUCCCAAACAAAGUGAAGGUGUUUGCCUGGAGAGCUUGCAAUGAUAUUCUACCAACGAAGAUGAAUCUUGUUAACCGAAGGAUUAUCGCUGAUGCUGCUUGUCCGAUUUGUACCAGGUUUCCAGAGACAACUGUGCAUGUGCUUUGGGAUUGUGAUGCUGAUCAGGAUGUGUGGGCAGGUAGCUUGAAAUUGCUGCAGAGAGGAAAACAUGGGCUGCUUGAUAUGUUCCAGCUGAUGGAGUAUUUAAUGGAGCAAUUGGCAUGGGAAGAUUUAGAGUUGAUGGUAGUUCAGGCAUGGCUGAUCUGGACUCAGUGGAAUAGAGUGAUACACGGUGGGAGAUUUCAUGAUCCAGGUUGGCUAAACAAAAGAGCAAUGGAAUAUUUAGAGGACUAUCAGGCUAUACAGAAUCAGUUCGAUGUAGACCAGGUGCAGCAGCCAAGUCGGGAUUCAUGGAAGCCUCUUCCAUCUUCGGUUUAUAAAUUAAAUUUCGAUGUCGCUGUGUUCUUUGGUUUGGAUAGGACCAGGUUUGGAGCAGUGGUUAGAAAUGACAAAGGGGAAGUUAUGGCUGCAAUGUUAGCCAAGGGUCCACCGGUUUUUUGCAGUGAAGAAGCGGAGUUCCUUGCAUGUCGAAAGGCAAUUGAAUUUGCCACGGAUGUUGGUUUUUCUGAAUUCAUUGUUGAAGGUGAUAAUAGUUCAGUCAUGCAAGCUAUUUCUUCUCCGAAUAAAGAUGAGUCGUUGAUGGGUAAUGUGGUAGGUGACAUCCAGCAGAUGCUAAGAGGACUGUAUUGGGUGAAUGUGGAGUUUACAUGA